GCAAGCUUCCGCCAGUCGAAUUGUCUGUGAAAAUUGAAAUAUAGAGUUUACAAUAGAAAGGCUCCUAGCGUGCUGGUUGCGUGCAGUCCACGCGAAACCUUCAUCUGGCAAAGCAGAGGAAAGUUAACUCGUUUCAAUUUUUGUGGCAUAAUUUGAGAAAAAUAGGCCAUGCAACGUGCUAAAAUAGGCAAAAAGAAGAACGAACAGCCAGAUCCGAAGUGGCGACAUUCAGAUGAUGCCGUAGAAAAGGGGAAAGUGAGCUAUAAUUGCAAGUUUUGGGGUAGCACACCUGUUACUCAGUCCAAAGGCUCAGAAUUAAUAAAGGAAUCAAUAAAGAAGUUACAGUUUGCCAAUGAUAUCAAGAAAAGUGAGGAAGGUUUAAAAGCAAGCAAACUUAAGAAAGUGGAAUUGUGUAUUUCUACCCAAAACCUGAUUCUGACAGACUUAAAAUCUAAAACAACUCUUUACAGCUUUCCAUUGCAAAGGGUCUCGUAUUGUGCUGAUGAUAAAACAAGCAAAAAAUUGUUUGGUUUUAUUGCCAGAGACAAGGAAACUUCGCAACACCAGUGCUACAUCCUUGAGUGUGAAAAAAAUGCUGAGGAACUAACCCUGGCAGUAGGGCAGGCAUUUGAAUUGGCAUACAAGCGAUACAAAGCGAAUCAAGCCGAAACCGGAAAAGACGUGAGUCAAAUGAAGCAACGUGUACAAAAUGCGGAAAAAGAAAACGAAGUUUUAAGAAAGAAACUCGAAGAAAUGGAGAAAAUGAAUCAGAAACAAGCCGCUCCCCCAUCAUUGGCUUCUGUCGCAGCUGCUCCCGCUAAUCAGAGCAAUGUGCAGACAAAUGUGUCUCAACCACCAGCGCAGCAACCAUUUGAUCCGUUUGCUGAAAGUUCCGUAUCGGCCUUUGAAUCUUCGCCGUUCGACAUUCAAAGCCCCCCACCUUUCCAAAAUGAUCCCAGACCUUUACCCCCCGGUGUCCCCGUUACUGGUGUCAACCCUUUUGCAGUCCCAGGCCCAACAGAGCCUCAGGCAGUAUCCAAUAACAAUCAUGCAGGAGGUGAUCUGCUUGAUAUAUUCGGCAGUGAACCGCAACAGGCUUCAAAUAACUCUCAAAGCCUGGGAGAUGAUAUAUUCGAUCCAUUAGCUCAGAUCAACGGCGCUCAGGAACCUCCACCGCCACAACCAAACUUUUCCUCGUUUGAUCAACAACAAGCCCCGGUUCAAGCAAAUAUUCCGGCAUUUGAUCAGGCGCAAAGCCAGCCAGCCCAGUUGGCAUCCGUGUCUCGUCCACGACCUGCGGCAGCAUCGGCAGGAUUAUUACCACCGCCUCCGACGAAACAAAGUAUCAAGGAAAAAAAUAGAAGUUCAGUUCCAGGAGCUGAACAAAUGAAUGGUGCACCUGGACUAAAUACACAUGCUGAAGCAGCAAAUAAUCCGCAAGGACUGCAAGAGGUGCAAAAUGGCAUGCAGAACAAUUUAGUGCUGUUUUAGCAAGAUUUACUCUUGUUCUAUGGUCACGAUUGCUUCGUUGUGCGAAACGAUUGGGCGCGCGUAUAAUUUUGCGUAUGAUUAGAAAGAGAACCGCAAGUCAUCUUAUCCUGUUUUUAUAGAAAGAGUUCAAAAUGAAAUUUAGAAUUUUCAAUUUUUUGAAACCCUAACUGACCUUCCUUGCUUGCCGGGGAGUGGUUCGAUAAUUAAUUUAGGGUUUCAGUUUUAAUUAAAGCAAAUUUUUGUCAUGCCGAAUUUUGUAACCUUCAAUUUGCAUGCAUGACCUUUAAGUUUCAUAUAUACGAAAACAUUAAAUAGAAAUAUGUAUAGUCAAUUUUAUAUGCUACAAUUAAAUUGAUUGGCAGUUGAUUUGAAUUCAAAUUACAUAAUAGAAAAUAGCCUGUUGUCGAGUUCGCUGUUGGCAUAUAUCCAUUGUUCCAUAUUUUCCCAUAUUUUUUUCAAUGAAAACGUCUAAGAAACGCUAAUAGCUUCUCUUCCUUACGGGCAAUUAUCUAGAAUGUGUAAUCUAGAAUAAUUCUGUAUGUUUCACGUGUUGUCAGAUUUACUAUUGAAAUUAAUAUAUGAUGAAAGAAUUAUCUAGUUUAGUGGAGAUUUCAAGUGAAUAAAGUUGAAUGUUUGU